UUUUGAUUUCCCAUCCUUCUCUGCAGACAAAGUCCAUCCGAGUCAAGUACAUGUUGACGGUUGCCUAAUAGUACUUAUCCUACGACAAGACAAUGGGACUGGCCGGCAGAAAGGAAAAACAACGCAUUCCAAAUGACCCACGAAACUUAUCCUGGGCAGAUGAUGCAGCUCGCUUCGGCCAGUCUUACAUGUCCAAGCUCGGCUGGGACCCCUCAAAAGGUCUAGGCGCCUCGGGCGAUGGCAUGAAAUCGCAUCUUAAGGUCUCCCAAAAGCUUGAUAUGCUUGGGAUUGGCGCCGCUCAUCAGAAAGACCCGCAUGGUAUCGCGUGGAAACAGAAUAAGGAAUUUGAGGCUUUGCUGCAGAGGCUUAAUGCGCAGGAUGGUCAGGGUUCUCCUUCUAAGCAUGUGCUAGGAGAAUUUGUUCGGCCUGAGCACCCUUCAGCGGACGCACACCCCGAGGAGGACAAGGAACCGAACCAAUCAUCGAAGAAAGAGAAGAAGCGUAAGCGAAAGGAAGGGGAACAUGCCGUGGAUGGAAAAGAUAAGAAGAAACGGAAGAAAGACAGGCGCCAGGAUGAAGAUGUCGAAGAUUCAGCUGCAGCGGAUUCAUCAGAAUCCGUUUCUCCGCAUCUCGAUUCUCCUGCCCCUUCUCCAAAUACCGCGUCACCCAUGCUUCAAACAAGGCCAAAAGGACGCCCUAUGGCCCACCGUGCUCGCAUACAAGCUGCUAAACGCCUUGCCAAUAAAUCAGCAACUGCCAUCUCUGAAAUCCUGGGGAUCGUACCGACUCCUUCAUCUGUUUCCUCUGCAACCCCCUCUGGUUCUCUGACCCCAAUCACACCCGCAGACAGCGACCUCCCCCUCGAGAAGCUCACAACCUCGUCUAAGAGUGUCGCAGACUAUUUUAAGGAAAAACUUGGCGCAAAAUCUGGUUCCAAUACCCCAGCUGCAAAUGACGAUGACAGUACUUCUCGAGGAGGAAUUGGCUCUAGUACCCCUUCACGAGACGACGUAGACCAACCGCGAAUUGGGCUCGGUGCAGGUCGCAGUUUUGGAGAAGGUGGCUCUUCGAACGUGUUCGCCCAGUUCUUCAAUACAUCCUCCUCAUCACAUGCCACUGUUGUUCAAAUGGCAUCUUCUGCUAUACAGGCUAUAAUUCAACCUCCCGAACCGACAACGACGUCUUCCACAGAUAAUUCCAGGGAUGAAGAGAUGACCGAGAAACAGCGACGCAAAGCACAGAGAAAAGAAGAAAGGAAGAAACGGGACGCAGAGGUAGUUGAUGUGCCUACGGGAGUAGGAAUCGAGAUGCCUGGCGACGAUGCUAAGGCGGAAAAGAAGAAACGGAAAGAGGAGCGGCGAGCGAAAGCGAAGGGUGCGGAACCAUAUGAUCUUGCUCCAUCGGUUGUUGUGGAAGAAUCCAAAGAAGGCUUAGAGUCUGAGAGGAAGAGGCGGAAAGAUGACAGGAAGAAAAAGAAAGUAAAGUCUGAUAAUCAAGCAACAGCAGAGGAAGGUGAAAAUCGGUCCAAAAAAUCUAAAAAGCGUACAGAACCAGUCAAUGACAAUUCAUGACCUCUCGAUAGUCGCUAUUAUACCGUCUAGAUCUCAUAUACCAUUACCAUCGACCAGUAUUACAUUAUCAAAUUUGUAUGUAAGGAACACAGAAAGCAAGGUCCACUGUCCGCUAUCAAUGAAUAUAGAAAGGUCCAACAUCCCCUCGUUCUAUGAUUACCUCUCAAACACUUUAAACCCACCC